UCUGAUCUAUACAUUGGAAAACAUUAUCUUGUGCUAAUUUAAAGGUUUUUCGACGUGGUGAUUACAUGUGUUUACUUGUUUCCACUAGUAGAAGACACUGGUAAGUUCAUCAGCUAGGCUGCUCCAAUAUACACAAUACCCAUCCCCUUGGAACACACAAGAAAAAAAUGCAAGCACAUAAAAAUAUUCAUAAAAUCAUUAGCAACAUUUCCUUCUUGUCAUUAAAGGCUUUUCUGCUUUGCACCUUUCAUUGCCAUUCUUUUUCUCCAAUGGCUGUUGACAAAGAUCUCUCUCUCUCUCUCUCUCUCUCUCUCUAUCUAUCUAUCUCCAACAUACCAACAUAUAUGUGCGUGUGUGUGUGUAUGUGCAUGUGCGCGUGUGCAGACAUUGUUAACUGAUGUUUUCCAUUGGAUAAGCAUGUGUAGUUUCAUUCACUACAUGACUUCAAUGCCUUUUCCUAAACAGAAAGAAUACUCCAAUGACUAUAAUAUAUAUGUACUUCUUCAAGACUUUCUGUUAAUGCAUUCUUUUUAUGAAAUUCUAUGAAUUACUAGUGCAACAGUGGUCUGAUACUUCCACAUGAAUUGCAUGCAUUAAAUGCAGAGCGUGCUGAAGUUAAAAGAAAGGAUAUACUUUAAUGACUGUCAUAUGUCUAUUCUAAAAAGGCUUUCUGUCAUGCAUUGUCAAUCUGAAAUUGUGUGAACAACUAGUGGAAUGGUGACCUGAUAUUUCCACUUGAAUUGCAUGUUAGAUUAAAUGCAGAGCAUACUCAAGUUUGGUGCUUGUGACUGGAUAAAAAGUUUUAGUUUCCUUUUUUCUAAAAUUUGUUGAUCAAACUUGGUGGAUAAAGUACAAGAUAUGAGAGCUUUUAAGGGGAAGGCCAUUCUCGUAAGCCAGAGCUGGUGAUAGAUAUCAUAUUGGUGAGCAACCUGGUGACCAUGUGCGUCAUGAUUACUUCGUCAUUGAAAUGGAAGUUUAUCAUGGGCUUGAACAUUCAGAGACCCUGCAGUUUCUCUUCAAGAUAUGGUUCCUUUCUUUGCUUUUUCUUGUCCAUAUAUAGAAGGAAGUCAUCCACAUCCCUAUUCAAUACUUGGAAGAGAAGAGGAAAUGGUGGAACUCAAUAAUGAGAACUUUUUGGGAGAUUGAACUCUUUGAUGGAGGUAAAUUUUUGCCUUUUUGUCGACGUAGCAGGUUAUCUUUUGGACUUCCAUCAAUCAGCAACAAUCAUAUGGUUUUUUGAAAAGGGCCAUGGGUCAUUGUGCGCAGAAGCCUUGCAAUGGAAUCUUAAGAUGGGGUUUGAGAUUUCCAUGUUUUUGGGAACCACAUUCUGUGCUUAUUUUGGAUCAUAUUCAUUCUUCCACCUACCAUUCUGAGCAAUUGCCAUCUCUCUUUAGUUAGUUGAGGUCUCCGUUAUUAGUAUCAACUAGUAUGGUUUUCAAUUGGUUGAUAUGUACCAUAUUGGCAGCUUGUAUUGGCUGGGAUAUGCCAAUGUGCACCAUAUUGGCCCCUUACCAAUAUGAGAUAGGAAAAUACUAAUUCUUGUAACUUUUCUAUUUUUUGAUGGUUAAUAGUCUCUUAAAAUGGUUUUUAUUUUUUAAAUUUAAAUAUGACAAAUAAUCUAAGUCAUCAAAAUUUGAUAGACUGAGAUGGUACAAUUUCACCUUGUCAUUUUGUAAAGCUAUUCACCACUGAUAAUGUUACUGAAACAUUGUUUGAGGUUAGUUACUGGUGAUGCUCAUUACUAUGGAUGAAAGGUCGAUCAGAGCUUCACUACCUCAGUGUGAAAAUCCACAUUACUUUUGAAUCAGUGGCACUGGUGGAACGAACCCUAUUUCUUUUGGCUUAAAUUCUGGUGGAAUGUAAAACUUGAACAAGCUAUUCAGACUUUCUCAUGCUUGUACUCAUACUGCAGAUAGAUAAGCUAGGACUUUUCUGUUAAUUUCAAAUUAAUCAAGUUUGAUAAUGGCAUGUCGCAUGCAAGAAAAGGCACUCAAAUACAGGUCCCCAAGUUCAAUAUUGCAUGUGAAAUCACUUUUUGAUUUGGACAUUCUGGAAUAUGCUUUUGUUGGACUUUUGAGAUAAAUCUGGUUUCAUCUUACUGAGGACAGUGUUACUUUUUUAUGCUGAUAGUAGUCCUAAAUUCAAUCACUUCGCUGAUGGUUUGCAAGAUGUUCGCAAGGAUUCAUUGUCGGUAUGAAGACUUCUGUUUAUCAUGCUUGGUGGCUCGUGUUUCCAAUUUUCAAGAGCAUGAUCUCUCAAAAGGAUUGAAGCAACAGAUCAUGCAACAGAUCAUGAUUGAAGCUGUAGAACUUUUUGCUUGACUAUUUUCAAGAGCAUGAUCUAUCAAGAGCAUGAUCUCUCAAAAGGAUCAUGCAACAGCACACUAACAAAGCUCUAUCAGCCACGUUAAAUACGGGGCCAGUGCCUGCGAAUUUGACUCCUUCACUGGACGAUCUUCCAUGCCGUUGCCAGAACUUCCAGAUCACUGGAUUUGAAUCUUGGCUUCAGCUCCAAUCCAGACCGGCAGGUCGACAGCAGCGUAUCUACCUUCGCUUUUGCGAAGUCCAUGAUCGAUUGGCUGUUCCGAUUUCCAGAUAAUGAGGGAAAAAGGACUACUUCUCUCAACAAGGAAGGCCGGGACGCGGGAAGGGCAACGAGGGAGCAGUGGCGGCAAGAAUGGCGGAGACCGAGAGAGAGCGGGAUCGCCUCAUUCUCCGGGACUUCGUCUCCCUCGAUCUCUGUAAGGAACUCGAGUUCAUACACAAGAGCUGCGGAACAAUCGGUUAUAGAGACAACGUGCUGUCGACGACUCUGCCUCACCUGAUCGCCACUGGCUGCGGUCACCUCAUCAUGCCCUUCGUUGCUAUCCGAGAGAGGUUGAAAGAGAAGGUGGAGGAGUUCUUCGGUUGUGAAUACGAGCUUUUUAUAGAAUUCACGGGUUUGAUCAGUUGGACCACUGGAUCGAGGAUUGGAUGGCACAGUGAUGACAACCGACCAUAUCUGAAACAGCGGCAUUUUGCGGCAGUUUGCUACUUGAAUACUUGCAAUAAAGAUUUCAUGGGCGGAAUUUUCCACUUCCAAGAAGGUGAACCAAAUAACAUUUUGCCAACUGCUGGGACAGUUGUUAUAUAUACAGCUGAUGUUCGCAAUAUCCAUUGUGUAGAUGAGAUAACAAAUGGAGAAAGACUAACACUGACAUUGUGGUUCACCCGUGAUAGUUCACAUGAUGAGGAUACCAAAAUCCUUGACCUUCUCUCGCAGAGAUAUUUGAGCUGCCAUGAUGAUGUUCCUGACCCACGUCUCCCAGUGCCAGCCUCCUCCAAUAUGUACUGGUUUUCUUUUGUCCCAGAGUCUUCUAAGAAGUUGGGAUUCGAUAUUCGUUGGGCCAGAGUUUAUAUCCUUGGUUACAAUUUUUAUUUUAAUGAUCGGAAUUCGAGUAUAAAGUUGGGUUCAUCAGAUGAAGUUCUUGAGUUGCUCAACAUGCCACUGCUAUUGAUAAAGGAUGGUUAUAUACUUGAGAGACAGUUCAGUAAUAGCUUACAGGCUCUUCAGGUUGUCCAAUUUUGCCUGUGGAGAGGGCCUCAUCUCCAAGGUUCUGGACUGCAAUGUAGUGAGUCGGGGAUUGAAGUCAAGUCAGGAGCAAGCGUUGAAUGCUGUCCUGUUAUUGUGUCAGACCAAGAAGUUGCAGAAAGGAUAUUUGUGCAGCUUUCUUCUCCUGAUGAGGACCCUGAAUUCAGUUUUGCAAGCUUUGGAAACGGAAUUGCAGCCUGGGAAAAUUAUGUCCACACUUUACACACACAACUUUUGGAUAGUCUUCCACUAUGGUUAGCAUAUGGGACCAUCAGCCCUUUAACACUGCAAGAAUCAUAGGCUUGCUGUAUGAUCUAUGAGUAGAUCCCCUGCAGACUAUCAUAAAAGCUGAAGUUUGGAGAGUUUGAUAUGAUGCUGGAACCAUUGGCUCCAUAUUGAGCAUUUGAAUUAUUAUCUAUUACACCUUUUUGCUGCCUUAUGCUUCAGGCCCGCAAUAUUAACCUAGUUGUUGACAAGCUUGCAUAGCCUCCUCUUCGUCAAUUUGGAUGUUCUGACGAUGUUAUUGCACUAGUUGGCUAGGAGCCUAGGACAUUACCAUAUCUUCCACCCUUUGUUCUCUGUAUCUUGAAUAACUCUUGUUUUCUCAUAAGGUGAGGUGUUAAGCUGACCUCUAUCAGUUCGUUGCAGACGAUGAAUUGUAUGCAUACUAAACCUCCUUCUCUUUGGAAACCGAUAUAAGUGUGGUCUGGAUUAAUGUGCCCUAGUAUUUCAUGACACUGUUGAGAAACAUGAAUUACAUCUACAUGCUGGAGCUUACAUAGCA